UGAAGGUCAUUAGUGACUUGCCCAGGAUUGAUAUAGCAAGACAGACCAUGGCCAGGUAUUCUAAAUUUUAGUCCAUGUUACUAGCCUUCUCACAAAGACCUUGUCCUCAAUUGUUCUGAAUUAUUGCAACCAAAGCAACUUCACAACUCAUGUCCAAUUUCUCGACCCUACCAUUUUCUAAGGAUGGAAUUUAUGCAGCAAGGAGAUGCGAUAUGUAUAGCAAUUUUUUUCCAAGAAAUACAUGCUAUCUUUUUGCUCUAUUUCGAAGGUUUUUUUUUAUGAUAAACCAUGCCGCUAUUUAAAACUUGUAAAGCUUUUUGAGAUUCUCAGAAGAAAUAUAAGGCAUAGAUCACAAAGAACAGUUUUAUCUCUUGCAAUAGGAUUUCCUGUUCAAAAAAAUGAUGUUAAUUUGAAAAGCUGAUACCUCCAAAAGAGCAUUCUAUUAGGUGGGUAAUCAUCAUCAUAUUGCCAUCUGCUGUGUAUACCCUUCUCUUAAGAAUGAAAAAGUAAAAAUCCACUUUGUUGUAUACAAGUGCCUUGCAUGUUUUAUAAAAUCCACAUAAAAUGGUCAGUGGUUGGAGGAGAGGCUCCUGUAUUUAUAAGACAAAUAAGUUCACUGUCACCCCUGAAGAAACUUGAAGAUAUGACUCUCAGGGGUGUUUGGUGCCUUGGAUGAAAAUGGAAUCAUUAUUUUUCAACUUCCCCUGCUCACGUCAUUGACUCCCACCUGCAGCCGGUCCAUUGGUUAUAAGUAGCCAUAAAUGGCCUUGCAGAUUGUAAGCAGGGUAGCCAACCAGGACCAGCAAAGCCAAACUCCUGGUAAGCUUUAUUAGCCCUUUCUGUGUAUUUCAUUUCCAUUUCACAUUUUGGAGUCAGAGACAAUCCAUACUUAUGCUGAUGUGGUGUGAGUCUGUCUGAGAUGUGUGUGUAAGGUGCAUUUCUCAGUUUUUGGUAUAUCUUUUCUUUUUUCUCCUCCUCCUCCUCCUCCUCCUCCUCCUCCUCCUCCUUUGUUUAUUGAGACUGCUAUCUUAAUACAUGCGUAUGCUUUUUUUUUAAGACUUGCACUUUCUUUGGAGACAACAAAGUGCAUUUUUUUCGAAGAUGAAAAAGCGUACUCAGACUUUCUGGGUUGUAUUCAUAAUUGCUUUGCUCAUCACUGUAUAACAUUAUCAUCAUAGACUCCUUUAAGCUAAUAAACUGGAUUUGGGGGUCUUCAUUUGCAAAUAAACAUGGGGAAAAAAGGGCUGCAAAAUUCAGGUGCACCAAUAUACUAUUUUUUCCUCCCUGUCUCUCUUUAAAAAUGUUUCCUCUUUCUCUUUUUACUUUCGCCCUCCCUUCUCUCCUCCUCCCUCUUCCUUCACCUUCCUCCUACCCCUCCAACUCCUCCUUCUUCUUUUCUUUCCCUCUUUUCUCUCAGACCAUUGAUAUCUCCCUGAUCCUGCCUUCCACUCAGCUUCGUUCCACCAUGCCCAAAGCACUCCUGCUGCUGUGUGUUGUCCUGGUGCUACUUGGGCUUGUGCCUGGAGCCACAGUGAGAAACGGAGAGAAAUGGAAGCCGCUCAACAAUCCCCGGAACAGAGAGCUGUUUUUCAGAACCCUUCAGGCAUAUCUUAAGGGAAGAGGUCUUGAUCUUGGGAGAUUUCCGAACACUUUCUCCAUGAAUGAGAAUCCCAGACCCCUCUCUUUCCAAUCAGAACUUCUUGCUUCUGCAUUUGCAGAUUAUGAGGAGCAGAAAAACUCCUUUCCUAAUUACAUCAAAGGCUGAAUGUUUCCUCUGAACACAGGUGUCUGGCUAUUUUAAAACUACAGAUCAAGCUUCUCGUCAGAAAAAUUCAAUCAUGGUCAUGGCUAAACCUUUUCCCCCUCCACUUUUGUCAAUUUAUAAUGGUUUUAUUCUACAUUUCCAGAUUUACAUAUAAAUGGGUCGAGCUUUGGGACAUAUGUGACUUAUGUGCAUAUUUUUGGAGUCUUUUUUUCCAUUCUAUAAACCAUAAACAUCAAUGUAGAGCACUGGACAUAUUUCUAAGAGUUACAAAAAUACUGUAGAGUCCAAAGAGAUGAUGAUCUUUCAAAUUACCUUUCCUUUAAGCUUGUCUUUCAAGCUUGUGUGCUUAUUACCUUUUUUCAAUAAACAUUAAAAAAAUUUUUUUUAAUGUUUAUUUAUUUUUGAAGGAGAGAGAUACAGAGUAUGAGCGAGGGAGGGGAGGAGAGAGAGAGACACAGAAUAGUGAUACAGGAAAAGCAGCUAUUCCAAAUGAAAAUAUGAGAGUCAGAAUAUUUCAGCCUAAGUUGGUGGAGAGAGGAGAAUGUCAGUUGGUUGUAAAAAAAGGGACCUGUUUCUACUCCAGGCUCCAGGCUCUGAGCUGUCGGUACGGAGCGCGACUCGGGGCUCGAACUCACGGACCCCACAGACCAUGAGACUAUGACCUGAACCAAAGUCAGACCUUUAACCGACUGAGCCACCCAGGUGCCCCUAUCAGUAAACAUUUUUUACUGGAAAGGGACUCUGCUCAUUUUUAGUAUCGUUCAUUAUAUAUAAUAGAGAUUUGGGCUUAAAAUUGCUCUUUUUCCUGAAAAGAAGCUGCAUUCCCACAUUCAGCAUAUGCCACUGAAAGACCUCACAAUGUUUGUUUCACACCAAGGGAGAGGUAGUGAUAAAUAUCCACAGUUAAGUUGAAAUGGAAAGCAAAGGCACUGGGGAUUCUAGGAAUUGCUAGAGUCUUUAGGAGAUGUUCCCUGCCAUCGUUCAGAGGUGGACACUGUGUUACACCAAAUAUCCCAGCUGCACUCAGCUCUGGUUCUUCUGCACACACAGCUUCUUAAGAAUGGCGAGUGGAAACAGGUGGAGUAGAAACACGUCCCUUUUUUACAACCAACUGACAUUCUCCUCUCUCCACCAGCUUAGGCUGAAAUAUUCUGACUCUCAUAUUUUCAUUUGGGAUAGCUGCUUUUCCUGUAUCAUUAUGGAGAGCCACAUCAUUUUCUCUGUGAUUCUUGAAAAA